UGCAAGAUUAAAAUAGCAAGUACUGCUGGCAAAGUAUGAAGUCAACACAUUCAACCUCAAUGCACAAGGGUUUGGAUAAGGAACAACAGAAGUGAUAAAGAUGAAAUAUCACAUGAAGAUAAAUUUAAAACUGACCAAGCAAUAGUGAGAUCCAGACAGACUAUGAACAAAAGAGAGAGGAAGAUCAAAUAUCACAAGAGGACAUAUCUAAACUGACCAGGCAAUAGCGACAUUAACAGACUACUACAAAUAGCAAUGGCAAAAAACAUACUGAGGAAUGUAGUGAUGAUGACACUGAUGGUGUUCACCCCAAACAUAAGCAUAAUUACAUUGACUGAUGACACACAAUUUACUGUAUGGGAUGGGAUACUGAGACUACCAAUAAAGGACCCAAGCAUGAAACGGCUUUAUCUGAACAACGAAAGAAUUUCAACAAUAGGAGCUGGUGAAUUUUCUGGUUUACUAUCUUUAGAAACGUUGUUCUUGAGUGACAAUGAACUAUCACAGUUACAAGUUGGUACAUUCACUUGUUUGGUAUCUUUGGAAUGGUUGAAUAUGGACAACAAUAGACUAUCAGAAAUAACAUGUAAUGAUUUUUCUGAUUUUCAUGGAUUAUUGAAAGGGCUAUACCUGAAUAACAAUAGGCUAACAAUAUUAAGAGGGAAUUAUUUCUGUAACCUAACAUCUCUUAGAGAACUUACCCUUAAAAAUAAUGAAAUAUCAUAUAUAGAAACCAAUGCAUUUUCCGAUUUGCAGUCAUUGGAAAAGCUAUACUUAAGUAACAAUAAACUCACAAUAUUAACUAGUGGUAUAUUCUCUGACUUGAUAUCCCUAAAAUAUCUUCUACUUCCUAGAAAUCUACUUUCACAAAUAGAGGUUGAUG